AGCAGGCAGCUGAAACAGUAAAGUACGCUUCGAUGAUUUCUCAUGCUGAUGGAAUUGUGAUAAAUCCUUCCUCUGUCUUUUCAAGGAUUAAUUUGCAGUGCCACAUAAAUCUGCUUUAUGACAGUACAUCACAAAAACUGACACAGAAGGCACUCUAGAUGAAUAUGAUCCAGUGGACUCAUCUCCCCUUUCUACUCAUUAUUGCUUGUUCUAUCAAUUCUGUCUUUUGCAGUAUCCAUCCUUUGGCAGUAAUAGAAGAUGCACUCCUGAGGAACCUAUUUACAGGUUAUCAGAAAUGGGUGAGACCUGUUAUAAACCCCAAUAAAACAAUAACGGUGAAUUUUGGCUUGAAGAUAUCACAGCUCGUUGAUGUGGAUGAAAAGAAACAGUUGAUGACCACAAAUGUUUGGCUGAGACAGGAAUGGGUAGACCUAAAGUUAAGAUGGAAUCCGAAGGAUUAUGGUGGAAUUACUUACAUUAGAGUGCCUUCUGAGACAUUGUGGCUUCCUGACAUUGUCUUGUUUGAAAAUGCAGAUGGACGUUUUGAAGGCUCCUUGAUGACAAAAGCAAUAAUAAGAUAUGAUGGAACGGUGACGUGGACUCCACCAGGCAGUUAUAAAAGCUCCUGUACUAUGGAUGUCACAUAUUUUCCUUUUGACCGUCAAAACUGUUCGAUGAAAUUUGGAUCAUGGACUUAUGAUGGCAACAUGGUUGACCUCAUUCUUCUUGAUGCAAAUGUAGAUAGGAAGGACUUCUUUGAUAACGGAGAAUGGGACAUUCUCAAUGCCACGGGCCUGAAAGGAAUGAGGAAAGAUGGGUUGUAUUCAUAUCCAUUCAUCACGUAUUCUUUUGUUUUGAGACGACUUCCCCUGUUUUAUACUCUUUUCCUUAUAGUCCCUUGUCUGGGACUAUCCUUCUUAACGGUUCUUGUUUUCUAUCUGCCAUCUGAUGAAGGGGAGAAAUUAUCAUUGUCAACUUCUGUACUAGUUUCCCUUACAGUGUUCCUACUUGUCAUCGAAGAAAUCAUUCCAUCUUCUUCAAAGGUAAUUCCCUUGAUUGGAGAAUAUCUUUUAUUCAUUAUGAUAUUUGUUACUUUGUCAAUAAUAGUGACUGUAUUUGUCAUUAAUGUCCACCACCGUUCCUCAGCAACAUAUCAUCCAAUGGCUCCCUGGGUGAAAGGCCUUUUCUUACAGAAGCUCCCAAAGUUGUUGUGCAUGAAGGGGCACAUUGAUCGUUUUUCCUUCCUAGAUUCUGAAAAUACUGGACCAUCAACAAAAUCAAAGCCCUCUGGAAAAAGGAAACAUAUUCAAGCUAAUGAUGGAGAAAGGGUCCUGAUUGCAUUUUUGGAAAAGGCAUCAGACUCUAUAAAAUAUAUUUCGACUCAUGUCAAAAAAGAACACUUCAUUAGACAAGUUGUACAAGACUGGAAAUUCGUAGCUCAGGUUCUCGAUCGUAUCUUCCUCUGGCUCUUUCUCACUGUCUCCAUUAGUGGCUCAGUUCUGAUCUUCACCCCUGCAUUAAGGAUGUGGUUAACCAGCACCUAUGUCUAACUAUCCAGCACACAAUAUUGGAGAGAAAUAUUAUUUAGAAUUUUCAGUCAGAUCACCAACAACUUCUGCCACAAUGUAGCACAAUCACUUUGUAGCCAUUUACACAUAAGUAUGUUACGUUUCAGCCAGUCCUCUGACAUUUAUUG